CAGAAGACGUUUUGUUAUUUUUCCCCUUCAGCGCAGCUGCGACGGUGGAGUUCGGUGUACGGAAAACGCGACUCGCGGACGGCACGAGACGGGAAGAGACGAUUCCGAGCUGUGAGGGAAACGGUUUCGCCAUAGAGCCGAGGAACAAAGAACAAAACUCUUGAGUGAAACAUCACGUAAAAGUAGCUGCGACUGGAACCGUUUUCCAUGGUUGGACCGAGGGGAACAUCGACGGUAGGGCGAUGGUGUUUUGGUGAUCUCCUAGUUGCUGCCUGAGGUGACCAGGCCACCUCCUGGAGGAGAUAGAUAUUCCCCCCCCUUUUUUGCACUGUUUCUGAAUUACCAAUGGAGGAGUAGUUUUUAACUGUUUUUAACAAUUAAAAAAAAAAAAAAAAAAAACAGCGGGAAUAUAUAUAAAGGAAGCAAGCACGCAAGCCAAGAGACAAUGUCAUCCAGCAGGAAUCAGAACCCACAUGGACUGAAACAGAUCGGGCUGGACCAGAUCUGGGAUGACCUCCGAGCAGGAAUACAGCAGGUGUACACCAGGCAGAGCAUGGCCAAGUCACGAUACAUGGAACUUUACACACAUGUAUAUAACUACUGUACAAGUGUACACCAGUCCAGCCAGGCUCGGGGAGCUGGAGUGCCCCCAUCCAAGCCUUCCAAGAAGGCACCCACCCCUGGGGGAGCACAGUUUGUGGGGCUGGAGCUCUACAAGCGGCUGAAGGAAUUCCUGAAGAACUACCUGACAAACCUUCUCAAGGAUGGGGAGGACUUGAUGGACGAGAGUGUGCUGAAGUUUUACACACAGCAGUGGGAAGACUACAGGUUCUCCAGCAAAGUAUUAAAUGGAAUCUGUGCCUACCUCAACCGCCACUGGGUCCGCCGCGAGUGCGACGAAGGACGGAAAGGAAUUUAUGAAAUCUACUCACUGGCCCUGGUUACAUGGAGAGAAUGCUUAUUUAGACCUCUAAACAAACAAGUGACAAAUGCAGUAUUGAAAUUGAUUGAGAAAGAGCGCAAUGGGGAAACCAUAAAUACCCGGUUAAUCAGUGGUGUUGUCCAAUCCUAUGUUGAACUAGGCCUGAAUGAAGAUGACGCCUUUGCAAAAGGACCCACAUUAUCCGUGUACAAAGAGUACUUUGAGACUCAGUUUUUGGCAGACACAGAGCGCUUCUACACCAGGGAAAGCACGGAGUUCUUGCAGCAAAAUCCUGUUACUGAAUACAUGAAAAAGGCAGAGGCACGGCUGUUGGAGGAGCAGCGGCGAGUACAGGUCUACCUCCACGAGAGCACACAAGAUGAGCUGGCGCGCAAGUGUGAGCAGGUGCUCAUUGAGAAGCACCUAGAGAUCUUCCACACUGAGUUCCAGAACUUAUUGGAUGCUGAUAAGAACGAAGAUCUGGGCCGUAUGUACAACCUUGUGUCUCGCAUCACGGAUGGUCUGGGGGAGUUGAAGAAGCUCCUGGAGACGCACAUCCACAACCAGGGCUUGGCUGCUAUAGAGAAGUGUGGGGAGGCUGCCCUCAAUGAUCCUAAAAUGUACGUCCAGACCAUCUUAGAUGUGCAUAAGAAGUACAAUGCUCUGGUAAUGUCAGCAUUCAACAAUGAUGCUGGGUUUGUAGCUGCCCUAGACAAGGCUUGUGGCCGCUUCAUCAACAACAAUGCAGUCACCAAGAUGGCACAGUCUUCAAGUAAAUCCCCAGAGCUCCUGGCUAGAUACUGUGACUCUCUCCUGAAAAAGAGCUCAAAGAACCCAGAAGAAGCAGAGCUGGAGGACACCCUCAACCAAGUGAUGGUUGUGUUCAAGUACAUUGAAGACAAAGAUGUGUUCCAGAAGUUCUAUGCCAAGAUGCUGGCCAAGCGGCUCGUCCACCAGAACAGUGCCAGUGAUGAUGCCGAGGCCAGCAUGAUCUCCAAACUCAAGCAAGCAUGUGGUUUCGAGUACACCUCCAAACUGCAGCGCAUGUUCCAGGACAUUGGGGUCAGCAAAGACCUGAAUGAACAGUUCAAGAAGCACCUCUCCAACUCUGAACCUUUGGACUUGGAUUUCAGCAUCCAGGUCCUCAGUUCGGGCUCCUGGCCCUUCCAGCAGUCCUGCACAUUUGCUUUGCCGUCCGAGUUGGAGAGGAGCUACCAAAGAUUCACCGCCUUCUACGCCAGCAGACACAGUGGCCGCAAACUCACCUGGCUGUACCACCUGUCCAAAGGAGAGCUGGUCACCAACUGCUUCAAGAACAGAUACACCCUGCAGGCAUCCACGUUCCAGAUGGCCAUCCUCCUGCAGUUCAACACGGAGGACACCUACACCGUCCAGCAGCUGGCCGACAGCACGCAGAUCAAAGUAGACAUAUUAGUGCAGGUUUUACAGAUCUUGUUAAAGUCCAAAUUGCUGGUCCUAGAAGAUGAGAAUGCCAAUGUGGACGAGGUUGACUUCAAACCCGACACCUUAAUAAAACUUUACCUUGGAUAUAAAAAUAAGAAACUGCGAGUCAAUAUCAAUGUGCCAAUGAAGACAGAGCAGAAGCAGGAGCAGGAAACCACUCACAAGAACAUUGAAGAGGAUCGCAAGCUUCUCAUACAGGCUGCCAUUGUUAGAAUCAUGAAGAUGAGGAAGGUGUUGAAGCAUCAGCAGCUCCUGGCUGAGGUGCUGAACCAGCUGUCGUCCCGCUUUAAACCCAGGGUCCCUGUCAUCAAGAAAUGUAUCGACAUCCUUAUAGAGAAGGAGUACCUGGAACGUGUUGAUGGAGAGAAGGAUACUUACAGUUACUUGGCAUAAAUGUUUUCCUCCCUGCCCAUCUCCAUUUUUUUUCCCCCCUUUCUUCAAAGUGUCUAUUAAUAAAAACACCUCAUUCCUUCUGACAUUUGAUCAAUGUUAUUAGGAAUGUGAUUGCAGGACGGGAACCAACACACAGAAGAAACACUUUCUCGUUCCCCGCGUGGGUCGGUUGGCAGGGUAGUUAGUUGGAUGUCCCUUUAAAAUUGAGGCUGGGCAGCCCUCUAGCCAGUGUCCUACAUUAACAUCCCAACUGCUCAGGAUCGACAGAUGUUUUGAUAUGUAAAUAUCGACACAGACCCUCUUCCUUGCCUUCCCCUUACCCUAGCAAAGUAAACAUUACAGAAUGAAUACCCCCUUGGAAUUUUGGGGCUGCAUGCUACCGCCUAUCUGCGUUUAAGCGAAGACAUAAAAUGCUUAAGAAAAAUGGCAACAAAAAGGCUGCUGGUUUUAGCAGUGGUGGUUAUUCAUGAAAAUACAUUUAAGAAAACUACGUAAUUUAUGAAUGCAAUUUUGGCAGCACUUUCAGAGAGCAUAGUGUCAGAAUGGGCCCUUAGUACUGUGUAAUCUGCAAUGUUACCUGCUACAAGAACACCAUUUGU